CGAACCCACUCCCAGUAAUUUCAGUUGGCAACUAUUAUAAUGCGCAGCACAGAACUCGUAGCUGACCGGAGAGCAAGAAAGGCGAAAAAAUGGCAGAAGCCGGAAAUAGCGGCGGCGGCGCGAGGAAGAGAAAAAUGGCCGACAAGAAAGAUUCCGGCGGCGUCCGUAAGUCAGCACCAGAUUCAAUUUGGCCCGCCGUCAAACACAAGAAAAAUCUCCUAAUCAAUCGUCUCAAAGAUUCCGACCUCUUCACUGUGCCAGAAUUCUUGUCAGCAGCUGAAUCAAAUGCGUUCAUCAGAGUUGCAGAGUCGAUUGGAUUCGUUCAUCAGGGCAGUCUUGGUCCGACGAAGGGAGAAGCUUAUAGAGACAAUGACAGGAUCUCCGUGAACGAUCCUGUUCUAGCAAGCACGCUUUGGGAUUCUGGGCUUAGCAAAUUGUUCUCUGACAUCAAGAUUAGGGGCGAGCUUGCUGUUGGGUUGAACCCAAACAUCAGAUUCUACAGGUACAAGGCUGGUCAGCGAUUCGGGCGCCAUAUCUAUGAAAGUGUAGACAUUGGGGAAGGGAAGCGCACUUACUAUACUCUCUUGAUAUACUUGAGUGGUAGUUCUAAAGCCAAGGCUAAUAAGAGUGAGUUAGAUAGCCAGAAGGAUGCAUCCAUAGAGCCUCUAGUUGGUGGAGAGACUGUGUUCUAUGGCUGGAGGAACAAUGUAGUGGCCGAGGUAGCUCCUGCUGAAGGGAUGGCUCUGCUGCAUAUUCAUGGCGACAAAUGCAUGCUGCACGAAGCUAGGAAUGUGUCGAAAGGGAUCAAGUAUGUGUUUCGGUCUGAUGUGAUCUUUGCUUGAACUUUGGAACAUGAAAUGUAAGUCUUGUACUUGUACACGAAUAGAAUCAAUCGAUUGAUUGCUAAAUUUAUUUAGAGUAGGGUUACAAACUUGCAGGCUACGGCCUUAAGCUUCACAGGGCUCUCCAGGAUUGUAAGGUGUGUGAAAAUUGUUUACAAUAGAUCAGAAGGGAUGAAAGAAAUAUGAAAAACAAAU